GGCGCCCAAGGCGCAUGCGCAGAAGCUUCACCUAGCGGGCAUCGGCCAUGGCUGAGUGGACGCCUGCCCAGGCCUGGGAAUGGGACGUAGAGCCGCAGCAUCUGGCGUCCUUCCAGCCUCCAGCCAUCUUUGACCAGUCCGAGAGAGAGCUCUACCCGGCGGCCGAGAUCUCCCUGUGGACGGUGGUGGCUGCCAUCCAGGCUGUGGAGAGGAAGGUGGACUCCUCGGCCGCACGGCUGCUGAACCUGGAAGGCAGGAUGGCCACUGCUGAGAAAAAGAUCUUCGAGUGUGAGAAAACGGAGCUGGAGUUCAGCAACCACCUGGCUGCCUUGGGGACCCUCAUCCAGGAAUACCGGGUGCUCCAGAGGAGGCUGGAGAACAUGGAGAACCUCCUGAAGAACCGCGACCUCUGGAUUUUGAGGCUCCCCCUGGGCCCAAAGGGGGAAAUCCCCAAGGUCCCCGUGACUUUUGAGGAGGAAGCUGUGAAUUUUUCCACACAAGAAUGGGCCAAACUGGAGGAUUGGCAGAAGGAACUUUACAGGAACAUCACAAAGGGAAAUUACGAACCCCUGAUGUCGCUCGACUCUGCCAUUUCCAAAGCGGAUGUUCUUCCCCCCCAGGUGGGUCUAGUGGACGCUCCCCAUGUUGUGGAUCAGGAGUUUGUGGGGGAAAAGGGACUCUUCGCAGAGCCCAAAAUAGGAGCAGGGCCUUUGGCUUCCAGAGAUGAUCUCUUGUCCUGGAUUAAGCAGGAGGAAUCUCCUGGCCAUGGGAAGUGGAAUCUGGAGCGAGAGAUCCCUGCCGCCCUUGGCUACGAUGAGAGUGCCACAGUCAAGAGCGAGGGGCAGAAGCUCCACGAGGGUUUUAAGCAGGCCUUGCCUGGGCCUGGCCGGCUGCACCGCAUCCCCCGCGACGAGGUCUUCCAGGCCCCGAGGUGCUGCGAGAGGCAGAGCUGCCCGCAGGGUCAGCCAGCCCCAGCCCCUCUUCAAAAGCCAGAGGAGCCUCCCCACCGGGAGAGAAGCUGCCACGAAGCCGAGGCCACCCCACCAGUAGCCUGCCUGAAGGAAAGCCUGCUGAGAUGCUUCAAGGGUCGGGACGAACCCUCCUUGCACCAGAGGAUCCACACAGGAGAGGAGAUGUACGGGGAAGGGGUCCAGCCAGUGACAGAGGCAGGGGCCUCCCCGGUCCCUGAGGCCUACCUGUGCUCGGAAUACGGGAGUGGCUUCGGCGGCCCGUCUGCCUCCGAAGCGGCCGGGAGGCCCCACGCCUGCUCCCUCUGUCCUAAGCGCUUCCGGCUGAAGACCAGCCUGUUGAUCCACGAAAAGACCCACGCGGUGGGGAAGGGUGACAGCGCCUUCGUGUGCGCCGAGUGUGGGUGUGGCUUCAGCCACCCAGGGCAGCUCACUCGGCACCAGGCCGCCCAUGCCGACCGGCCGCACCAGUGCUCGGAGUGCCACAAGGCCUUCAACCGCAAGUCCAGCCUGGUGGUCCAUCAGAAAACCCACCGCGAGAGGCCCCGCCCCUUCCAGUGCCCCCAGUGCAGCAAGACCUUUAUUCGGAAGCAGCACCUGGAUGACCACACCCGGACCCACACCGGAGAAAAGCCCUACCAGUGCCCUGAGUGCGAGAAGCGCUUCGCCGAAAAGUCCAAGCUGACAAACCACUACCGGAUCCACACUGGGGAGCGGCCGUACCGCUGCGGGCAAUGCGACAAGCGCUUUGUGCGCGCUCACCACCUGGUCAAGCACCAAAGCAGCGUCCACCAAGCCGGGGCCAAGCUGUACUCCUGCCAUGAGUGUGGGCAGGGCUUCGGCCACGCACAGGCCUUCCUCAGCCACCAGGCCAGCCAUGCCAAUGGCGAGAGGCGCCACCGCUGCACGGAAUGCCUCAAGACCUUUGCCCGCAGGAAGUACCUGCUGGAGCACCAGCGGAUGCACACGGGGGAGAACCCUUACUCCUGUCCACACUGCGGCAAGCGCUUCCGCUACAAGCAGUCUCUCAAGCAGCACCUGCGCAUGCAUGGGGAACAGCCGCUGACGCCUGGGCCUGCUCUGCCGCAGAGGCUGCCGGUCACCGGGACUCUGGAGAAAGACCCUCUCUUCGAGGAUGACCCGCCCAGCGGAACCUGAAGCAUGCCACCAGGCAGUCUCCUCCACCCAAGGAACGGGUGGGCCAGGAGCAGACCCUCGGGAGGACUGGCCCCCAGGCGGGUCGGCUGAGGCCACCUUCCAUGGCAGCCUCAACGCUGCUUCUCUCCCCACGGGGAGGCUCGCCUCUUUCUCGCCAGCUGGGACUGCAGAGGGCACGAGCCCAGCAAGCCAAGUUUCUGAAGCAUUUCUUUGAUCAGGAAAGCCGUCCAGUAACUCUGACUGCCCUGCCUUUCAGUCCGGGGCGCUGCUAUCCUGGCCAGACUCAGGAUGCCUAAAACGCGAUCGUGUCCAUUUACCCUUUUGGUCCCAUCGCCCAGUCCAGCACCGGAGGCAGGACUGCUGGAAUGGAAAGGGAGGACAUGGAAUGACAUCCCGAGGCCUCCCCUUCCUCGGCCUACAGGGAGUGGCACCAGCCUCGGUGCCUGUCCCAGAGCCCUGCAGGGCUGUGGUCUCCCGGCCAAGCACCCCACCCAGUUUGCUAGAUGAUUGGGUGAGAAUUUUAAAGCGCUCUGUGUAGUGCUUUGCAGAGUAGUUUUGCAGAGAGUGCUGCAAAACUAAUAAAAACUUUCAGGGCAUGAAGAAGCCCCACCUGGGAGAAAAACCUACACUGCGAGAGAAAGCCAGAAGGCAAGGGAACCGGCUGGUCUCCAGCAGCCUGCCUCUCCCUGCUGGAGGGCGAUGCAGGGUGGCUGUCCCCAGCCAGCAUUCUGGAGUCUCCCGCAAACAGUUCCAUCUUCAGGGGCCACAGGGGCCCCUUCUGGGAAAUGCUAUUUCUUCUUUUCCCCCGGUCCUGAUCAAGGUGCGUUGCGGAACCCGCCGUCUCCUGGUUUCCUGCCAGAGUCAUUCUGUGCCAAAAAGUUAUCCCGUGUAAGGCUUGGCCCUCACUUUGGCUGUGGUUUUCCACGGGCUUUUAUGAAUUUGUUGCGGUCCUCCUACAGAGAGCAGAGCACCCAGCUCUUACCCACUCUGCCCUCUGCCUGUUCAGGCGGUUAAGUGAAAUUUCUUCCUGGGUUUUGCGGUGUGUCUCUGAGUCCACUUCUUGCCAUGAGGACACAGCCUUUGCGUAGUUCUCUCCAGCCCUGAAGGUGCCCCCACCCCAAGAAGGCCCUGCGGGGAGCCCAAGGCCCUGGCUGAUCAGCGGAGUUCUUCGGCCUCUUCCAGGCCUUAAAUCCAACUGCACAGUUAUCAAAGAAGCAGACGGCGUUCUGGAGACACCAGGAUCAACAGCUUUUGCUACAAAUACCUUUUAGCUUUCUAAAGUGAAAAAUACUGGGGAGAUGUUAAUAAAGGAU